AUGACUGAAUACUAUGAUGAAGAUCCAUAUGGGUACGAUGAGGAAGAAGCUGCUAUUUCAGCAGAAGAUUCGUGGACUGUUAUCUCCGCUUUCUUCAGAGAAAAAGGUUUAGUAUCUCAGCAGUUGGAUUCUUUUAACCAAUUCAUCAACUAUACGAUUCAGGAUCUUAUCUUGGAAGACAGUACCUUGAUUUUGGAACAAUUAGCACAGCAUACCACUGAAACGGACAACAUUUCCAGAAAGUAUGAAAUUUCAUUUGGUAAGAUUUAUUUGGCCAAACCAUCCAUGACUGAGUCAGAUGGUGUUUCUCAUGCGAUGUAUCCGCAGGAAGCCCGUCUCAGAAACUUGACUUACGCAUCAGGUUUAUUUGUGGAAAUUCAGAAGAGAACUUAUCAGGCUAUUGAUAUUCCAGGUCGUGAUUUGAAAUACGAAAUUAUCACUGAGGAAAGUGAAGAGAAUGAGGAAAAUAAUAAAAUUUUCAUCGGGAGAGUACCUAUCAUGUUGAGAUCGAAGUACUGUUUGUUGGACGAUUUGACAGAAUCUGAUUUGUAUCGUUUGAAGGAAUGUCCGUUCGACAUGGGUGGUUACUUUAUCAUUAACGGUUCAGAAAAGGUUUUGAUCGCUCAAGAACGUUCUGCAGGUAAUAUUGUCCAAGUGUUCAAGAAAUCUGCUCCUUCUCCAAUCUCACAUAUCGCAGAAAUUAGAUCUGCUCUAGAAAAGGGCUCUCGUUUUAUCAGUACACUUCAGGUCAAGUUGUAUGGUCGUGAAGGUUCCACCUCUCGUACCAUCAAGGCAACUUUACCGUAUAUCAAGCAAGAUAUUCCCAUUGUGAUUAUUUUCAGAGCAUUAGGUAUCAUUCCAGAUGGUGAAAUCUUAGAACAUAUCUGUUAUGAUGUCAACGAUUGGCAAAUGUUAGAAAUGUUGAAACCAUGUGUGGAGGAAGGGUUUGUUAUUCAGGAUAGAGAAACAGCUUUGGAUUUCAUUGGUCGUCGUGGUACAGCUUUGGGUAUCAAGAAGGAGAAAAGAAUCCAGUACGCCAAAGAUAUUUUACAAAAGGAAUUUUUACCUCAUAUUACCCAAUUGGAAGGUUUUGAAAGCAGAAAAGCUUUCUUCUUAGGUUAUAUGAUUAAUAGACUAUUGCUUUGUGCUUUAGACCGUAAGGAUCAAGAUGACCGUGACCACUUCGGUAAGAAAAGAUUGGAUUUGGCAGGACCUUUGUUAGCUCAAUUGUUCAAGACUUUGUUCAGAAAAUUAACAAGAGAUAUUCUACGUUUUAUGCAAAGAUCUGUUGAAGAAGCUAAAGACUUCAAUCUUAAAUUGGCUGUCAAGGCCACUACCAUUACCGCCGGUCUUAAGUAUGCUUUGGCUACUGGUAACUGGGGUGAACAAAAGAAGUCGAUGUCGUCUAGAGCUGGUGUUUCUCAAGUUUUAAACCGUUAUACUUAUUCGUCAACACUAUCUCAUCUUAGAAGAACAAAUACGCCAAUCGGCCGUGAUGGUAAGUUAGCCAAGCCUCGUCAAUUGCAUAAUACACAUUGGGGUUUGGUUUGUCCCGCAGAAACACCUGAAGGUCAAGCAUGUGGUCUUGUUAAGAACUUGUCCUUGAUGUCUUGUAUUUCUGUUGGUACUGAUCCCCUGCCAAUUAUCACCUUCUUGAAUGAAUGGGGUAUGGAACCGUUAGAAGAUUACAUACCUCAUCAAUCUCCAGAUGCUACAAGAGUUUUUGUUAACGGUGUCUGGCAUGGUAUUCACAGAAAUCCUGCUAAAUUGGUUGAUACCAUCAGAAAGCUUAGAAGAAAAGGUGAUAUUACCCCUGAAGUUUCUAUCGUUAGGGAUAUUCGUGAAAAGGAACUAAAGAUCUUCACAGAUGCUGGUAGAGUUUAUAGACCAUUAUUUAUUGUGGAUGAAAACCCAGAGACUGGUCGUAAGGAACUAAAGGUUAAAAAGGGACAUGUCAGAAAGUUAAUGUUAACUGAAUACCAAGAUAUUGAAGGUGGAUUCGACGACGAAGAAGAAAUGAACUAUACUUGGACAUCGUUGCUCAAUGAGGGCCUCGUCGAGUACAUCGAUGCUGAAGAAGAAGAAACUAUUCUAAUUGCUAUGCAACAUGAAGAUUUGGAUCCAGCUUUACUACCUGUGGCAGACUCUGAAGAUGAUCUGGAUCCAGCCAGACGUAUCAGAGCUAUACAUAAUUCAAACAUUUUCACACAUUGUGAAAUUCACCCUUCAAUGAUUCUUGGUGUAGCUGCUUCUGUUAUUCCUUUCCCUGACCAUAACCAAUCUCCUCGUAAUACUUACCAAUCAGCGAUGGGUAAACAAGCUAUGGGUGUUUUCCUAACGAAUUAUAAUGUCCGUAUGGAUACAAUGGCUAACAUUCUAUACUACCCUCAGAAACCCCUGGGUACCACAAGAGCAAUGGAAUAUUUGAAAUUCAGAGAAUUACCAGCCGGUCAAAAUGCCAUUGUUGCUAUCGCAUGCUAUUCAGGUUAUAAUCAGGAAGAUUCCAUGAUCAUGAAUCAAUCAUCAAUCGAUAGAGGUUUAUUCAGAUCCUUGUUCUUCAGAUCAUACAUGGAUCAAGAAAAGAGAAUUGGUAUGUCGAUCACAGAAUCGUUUGAAAAACCACACAGAACAAAUACACUAAGAAUGAAGCACGGUACUUACGACAAAUUGGACGACGAUGGUUUGAUUGCUCCCGGUGUCAGAGUGUCAGGUGACGAUAUGAUUAUUGGUAAAACAACACCAAUUCCACCUGAUGCUGAAGAAUUGGGUCAAAGAACCGCAUUCCACUCCAAGCGUGAUGCCUCUACGCCUCUAAGAUCUACUGAAAAUGGUAUUGUCGACCAAGUUUUGAUUACUACCAACCAGGAGGGUUUGAAAUUUGUUAAGGUUAGAGUUAGAACGACCAAAAUUCCUCAAAUCGGUGAUAAAUUUGCAUCCCGUCACGGUCAAAAGGGUACUAUUGGUAUUACAUACCGCACAGAAGAUAUGCCAUUCACAGCUGAAGGUGUUGUACCGGACUUAAUAAUCAAUCCUCAUGCCAUUCCAUCUCGUAUGACCGUCGCUCAUUUGAUUGAAUGUUUGUUAAGUAAGGUUGCCGCUCUAUCUGGUAAUGAAGGUGAUGCUUCCCCAUUUACAGAUAUUACAGUGGAUGGUAUAUCCAGGUUGCUACGUGAGCAUGGUUAUCAAUCUCGUGGGUUCGAAGUAAUGUAUAAUGGUCAUACCGGUAAAAAGUUGAUGGCACAAAUUUUCUUCGGCCCUACAUACUACCAAAGAUUAAGGCAUAUGGUGGAUGAUAAAAUUCACGCGAGAGCAAGAGGUCCGAUGCAAGUACUAACAAGACAACCCGUGGAAGGUAGAUCCAGAGACGGUGGUUUAAGAUUCGGUGAGAUGGAACGUGAUUGUAUGAUUGCUCACGGUGCCGCCGCCUUCUUGAAGGAAAGAUUAAUGGAAGCUUCGGAUGCAUUCAGAGUACACAUUUGCGGUAUCUGUGGGUUAAUGUCAGUUGUUGCAAAGUUGAAGCACAAUCAAUUUGAAUGUCGUUCAUGUAAAAACAAAAUUGACAUUUAUCAAGUGCACAUUCCUUAUGCAGCUAAGUUACUAUUCCAAGAAUUAAUGGCCAUGAAUAUUGCACCACGUCUUUACACUGACCGUUCAAAGGAUUUUUAA